GAAGCAGAAGCGGAGGAGGACGAGGACGAUGAGUCUUCACAUGAUGAGGAACAAAUCACGAACGUUUUAAUCAAUAUUGCUAAGGUUCAAGAGCACACCAGUUAUGAGACGACGAGAUGCAUAACGCCUGUCGCUCUGAGUGACAAGGAUACAACGCCCGUGCAGGAACAACUUACGGUGACAGCAUUCGGAUCAAAAGAAACUGCAGAAAAGGAUCUUGAUUUACCAGCGCCAGCAGCGGAGUAUAGCGAUUUAGCACCUUCAGUGUCCGAUUCAGCAGACACUACAACUUUUGUUAUCAAAGCUGGAGAUUUGGUGGCUGAAAACGAGAAUGAAGCAAAAGCUGUCCUGAAGUUAUCACCAACAUCCUCAGAAGAUUCGAAAAGCUCAGAACAAGAACUCUAA